AAAUAAUGAAAUAUAAAAUAGAGGAAAAGUAGUAGGAGCUUUCUCAUUGCCAUCGAGCUAAGCAAACGCACUAUUCCCGAUACCUUUCUCCAUUUUUUCUCUCUACAAAUACACCACUACUACCCUUUAUAUACACAAAAACGAAAACCUAGUGUAUUUUUUCUCUCUCUUUGUUUCGUUUUAUUUUUUGUUUGAUUAAGUAAAGUGAAAACCCUAGCUUUUUUUUUUUGUUGUUGUUGUUGUUGUUGAUCCGUGAAUUAUGGCAUCUGGAUCAUCAUGUAGACCAAUUAAUUCAUCGACUUCAAAGGGUUUUGAUUUUGGGUCAGAUGAUAUUCUUUGUUCCUAUGAAGAUAACUAUCCACAUCACGAUGGUGCCUCUAAUGGAACCCACUCUGAUCAUGCACCUGUUAACAAUUCUGCUAAGGAGUUUCACAAAAGCAGAAUGACGAGGUCAUCAAUGUUUCCCACUUCGACAUAUAGUCCCCCAGAAGAGUCUUCCUUCAAUCAAGACAUGAUAUGUACUGUUGAGAAGACCAUGAAAAAGUAUGCGGACAACCUCAUGAGAUUUCUAGAGGGAAUCAGUUCACGCUUGUCACAGUUGGAACUGUACUGUUACAACCUUGAUAAGUCCAUCGGGGAAAUGCGGUCUGAUUUAGUUCGGGAUCAUGGUGAGGCAGAAUUGAAACUGAAGGCUCUUGAGAAGCAUGUUCAAGAGGUCCACCGGUCUGUACAGAUACUGAGAGAUAAGCAAGAGCUUGCUGAUACUCAGAAGGAGCUGUCUAAGCUUCAGUUCACGCAGAAAGAACCAACUUCAGCCAGCAAUUCUCAGCAGAAUGACGACAGGACUGCUCAACCUGUGUCUGAUGCGAAUAAAGGUGAUAACUCAACUGAUGUGCAUGGACAACAACUGGCACUUGCUCUACCCCAUCAAGUAGCUCCCCGGGCUCCUCUUACUAACCGACCCAUCGAGCAGCCACAACAGCCACCUCCUCCGCCAAUUCCAUCUCAAAGUUUGACGCAGUCACAAGGCUACUAUUUACCCCCAGCGCAGAUGUCAAAUCCACCAGCUCCAACUCACUUGUCCCAAGGUCAAUAUCUGUCAUCUGACCCCCAGUAUCGAACUUCUCAAAUGCAAGAUCUUUCUAGGGUACCACCCCAGCCAGCAGCACCUCAGGGAAAUCAGACCCCACAAAUCCAGUCAAUGCCUCAAUAUCUGCAGCAAUGGGCACAACAGGUACCUCAGCAGGUUCAAGCGUCCCAACAGGUUCAACAGCAUCAGCUUCCAACUGUGCAACUGCAAGCUAGAUCCUCAUCACCUGCUGUUUAUCCCUCUUAUCCACCCAGUCAACCGAAUCCUUCUCCCGAACAGGUCCCUAAUAGCAUGCCAAUACAAGUGUCAUUUUCUGCAAUCCCUCAAUCAGUUGUGAGCCGUCCAGAAGCGGUGUCCUACGGAUUUGAUAGGUCUGGCAUACCACUUCAAUCACAGCCUCCGACCCAGCAUCUCAAGCCUUCGUUUGGUGCUCCAGGGGAUGGGUAUGCAGCUAGUGGGCCUCAUCCAUCCCUUUCUGCAGGAAAUGCAUAUUUGAUGUACGACAGUGAAGGCACAAGGGGACAUCCACAACAACCACAAAAUUUCCCACAAAGUGGUUAUCCUCCCUCCAGCUUCCCUCCCCAGAACGCACAGUCUGCCCCCAGCCCCAAUCUUAUGGUUCGUCCACCUCAAUCGAUGCACACUCAUCUUUACAACGAAUUAAUUGAGAAGAUGGCAAGCAUGGGCUAUAGGGGUGAUCAUGUGGUUAAUGUGAUCCAAAGGCUUGAGGAGAGUGGUCAGACAGUUGAUUUCAAUACUGUGCUUGAUAGGCUGAAUGGACAUUCUUCCGGUGGUCCUCAGAGAGGAUGGUCGGGUUAGGUCAUCAGCUCAACCUUUCUAAUUAUGUUUUUUCAUGUAUGGUCGCACAAUUUGACUCUAAUACUAUCUAUUUGCUGAAUAAGGGUCGUAUAAGUAGGCAGUUAUCAAUGGUGUUGUAUACAGUGCUAUCGUGCUGUGUAUUGUAUAUUUGCCAUGUCUUACUUCUGAAAUUUUAUUUGUUGUAAGGCAGCAUGCUUUCGAAUAUUGUAAUAUAGGAGAAUUGAUGAAUACCUCUUUUUAAGAUUGAA